AUGGCAGACAGGAAUGUGAGUGUGAUUACUGAAUUCGUCCUCCUGGGUCUGACUGAUGACCCGGAACUGAAUAUUGUGCUCUUUGUGUUGUUUCUCUUGAUCUAUAUUAUUACUGUGGUGGGCAACAUCUGGAUUAUUGCAGUAAUUCUGGUCAGCACCCAGCUCCAUUCUCCCAAGUACUUCUUCCUGUGCCAGCUGGCCUUCUUGGAUUUCUGCUAUUCCUCCAUCUUCAUCCCUAAAAUGCUGGCAGAUUACAUGUCAGGACAGAGAGUCAUCUCCUACCAGGGAUGUCUCCUGCAGUACGCCUUUGUCAGCCUGUUCCUGACCACGGAAUGCUUCCUCCUGGCUGCAAUGGCCUACGAUCGAUACGUGGCCAUCUGCCGCCCACUUCACUACCACGGUCUCAUGACCCCCGCCUUCUGCGUUUCCCUAGUGACUGCCUCUUACCUGCUGGGCUGUGCCAACUCGCUCACCCAUCUGAGCAGCUUGCUCAGCCUGUCCUUCUGCGGGCCCAAUGUCGUCAAUCAUUAUUUCUGCGAUAUCCCCUUGCUCUUUCAACUCUCCUGUUCCAACACCCAGCACAGUGAGGCUUUAUUCAUUGUCCUCUCUGGAGCAACUGCAGUGACUACAUUUUUGACAGUGCUUAGCUCCUACUUGGGAAUUCUUCUCACUGUCCUGAAAAUGCGGUCUACCAGUGGCAGAUAUAAAGCUUUCUCCACGUGUGCCUCCCACCUCACGGUGGCAUCGCUUUUCUACGGGACAAUGAUAUUUACCUACCUGGGAACCAGCUCUAGCUACCCACAGGACACAGCCAAGAUACUUUCUGUGUUUUAUACUCUUCUGCUCCCAGUACUAAACUUUCUGAUAUACAGUGUAAGAAACAGAAAGGCCCAAGAAGCCAUGAAGCGAAUAGUUAGGAGGAAAAUAUUUGUUCAAGGAAUAUAA